AGCAAAGCCAGAAACAACAGAAUGAUGGUGGUUCCUCUGAGGUCUUGCGGAAGUAGCCUUCUCCGCUAUUCCUGUGAAGGAGUUAAGGGUCCAGAAAAGAGGUGGGAAAGGGAGAACUCCGUAACCAAUCAACACUGGCAGUCUGAGCUCUGCAGCCAAUCAGCUUCAGGCCUGAGCCAGAAGCAGGGAAGUGGCCCUGCUCCUUGUUUCUCCCAAGCUGCUCGUGUCCCCAGCAGGUAAGGGUUAGGGUAAGGGCUAGGAAAAAGAAUACAGGCAGCACUGCAGCCAAUCAGCGUCAGCCUCGAGGUGCGAAGGGCGCUGUGCACUCUCCCGUUACCUCGUGCCCUGUCCCCUGGCCUCGCGCCGCUCCCCACUUUCUAACGGUCACUUGGGCUUGGAUAUAAGCGACGCUGAAAAAGGAAGACAAACAGGGUUAAAGCUGGCCUGAGAACAUGCUGUUCCUCCCUCCUCUUUCUGCCAUGGACCCCACACUGUAGCCUUUCUCUCAGUCUCUGAGAUUGGUAUUCAGGCAAGGCAUAAUGCCUUUGCCCCCUACAAGACUGCUUAGCCCCUAUGGCUCUGAUCGGUUGGUGCGGCUUGCAGCCAGCCUCCGGCCAGCACUGUGUGAUACCCUGAUCACUGUAGAGGGCCAGGAGUUCCCUGCUCACAGCCUGGUGCUAGCAGGUGUAAGCCAGCAGCUGGGCUGCAGAGGCCAGUGGGCUCUGGUAGAAGGCAUCAGCCAUUCCACCUUUGCGCAGCUUCUGAGCUUUGUUUAUGGGGAAAGUGUAGACCUGCAGCCUGGAGAGCUGGGGCCCCUAGAGGAGGCAGCCAGGGCCUUAGGGGUGCAGGCUCUGGAAGAGGCCUGCAGAAGGGCUCGAAAGGAUAAGACUGAAGAAAAGCUGGAUCCAGGGCUGAAGAAACAUCAGGAGGAACCAGAGGAACCCAUGAGGGAUUCUGAGAGAGGACUGGGGAGCCUCGGAAAGAAGCAAAACUCAGCUAAGUGUUUUAGACUUGGUGGGAGAGAACAGAAGUUGCACAAGCACAAGCCACCAAGAGAGAGCCCUGAGAUGACAGGGGCAACACAGGAGGUUCAAGGGGAGAUGAGAUCAAAGGAGGAGAAACUCAGCCAAAUUUCUGUUGGCCAUGGGGGAGCAGAUUGGAAACAAGGAGUAGUCCUCAGGGUGACAGAGAGUUCUGAGGAAAGUCUGCGGGCAUUCCCUGGUCCCCAUCCCCUACCAAGUUCCCUCCAAACCAGAAUCAUCCCCAGCCCCCGGUGGGCUGAGGCCCCUUGGCUGGGGGAGGGCCAGCCCUCCCUGUGGAGCAUCCUGCUGUGGCCACCCAGAUAUGGCACUCCCUUCUCCCAUAGCACCCCCAUCACUGGAGCCUGGCAGGAAGUCUGGCCUCAGGACCAGAGGAUCUCACUGACCCUGAACCACCCCAAAGGGCUCUGGAGUCAGAACCAGUUGGUCUCCUCCAGCCCCACCCAAGGUUCCCUACCCCAGGUCCCUUUGCAGCUCAGCCCUGGGGAGAUGGAAGAGUCUGGGCAGGCCACAGGCACAAAGGCAACCUGUGUAGGUCAGAAGAGCACAGCAGGCAGCACAUCUCACCAACACCCUCCUCCGCCCCCUCCUGCUCGGUCUCGGCCCUAUUCUUGCUCUGUCUGUGGAAAGAGGUUUUCACUCAAGCAUCAAAUGGAGACUCACUACCGAGUCCACACAGGAGAGAAACCCUUCUCCUGUAGCCUGUGUCCUCAGCGAUCCCGGGACUUCUCCGCCAUGACCAAGCACCUGAGGACGCACGGGGCCGCUCCCUACCGCUGCCCUCUGUGCAGGGCCGGCUGCCCCAGCCUGUCCUCUAUGCAGUCACACAUGAGUGGCCACUCGCCUAGCCAGCUCCCGCCAGGAUGGACCAUACGCUCCACUUUUCUCUACUCCUCCUCGAGAAAGUCCCCGGCGGUGAGCUCUCUCGGUCCCUCCUCUUCCACCACCUGAGCUUCUCAGGCCUCAGCCAAGAGUCCAGUGAGUGAAAGGCCAGCCAGCUCGGCUUCUGAGCCGGCACUGCUGCUCCAACAGCCUGGCAAAAUUCCAUCGCAGAAGCGCCUGAGCAGAGGCUGAGAGCCCUCUCGCGAAUAGCCGAGGGUAACAGAAGCUUGGGCCAGCCAUCCGGGGUGAGGCCAGGGCAC